AUGAUUGACAGCAAAUAUGAGGUCCUCCCGUUUCUGCCCAAGACCUCGCUGCAGCCUUUGGCGUCUGGCAUCACAGUAGUGCACCCUCUAACUCGGAGAGGCAAAGGUCCAGGACUCAUUGUCAUAGUUUCCCAAACCGGCGUCACUGGCCAGUCAUCAUUGGCGAUAGAAAAUGGAGUACCUUGCCCUGUCAUGAAAUGGGCCGAGGAGGGCUUUACUACGGUCGAAAUUACAGCAGCUGCAUUGGACCAUCUCACAAAUGCAAUGGAUAUUGCUCUUGACGGACUCCGGAAUAGCCAUACUAUUGACUCCAAGGGCUUGGUUGGUCUAGUUGCUUACGACCCCCAGUUGUGGAACAAAGUUGCGCCCACAAUAGACACUUUAAACGAAAUUGUUGGAACUGUGGUCUACGGGGAUCUCGAAAAACAGCAAGCACUAUCUCAGACAUCACUCCCUCAGUUGCACCAUCUGGCAGGCAAGUCCGAGAAGCUUCUACCUAGAGGUGAAAAGCUCACGGCCUAUGACUACCCCAAUGCCGAGUCCUUUCUUUUCGCCACACCGUUCAGUAAAGAUUUCAAGUAUUCUCUCGAGUCCGUUUCACACUCAAGAAACUUGAGCUUUUUCAAACCUUUGACAAAGGGUCCCUACUUUGAUCUCGAAGCCAUCUGGGAUGAGCAUACUUACUACGAAUUUGAGAACCGCUCUGUGGAGUGCACAAUGGCCACGAUGGUACAGGAGCCGUAUGUAAAUCACAUCACGACACUUACAGGAGGCAUUGGACGCGAGGCUCUAACUGCCUUCUAUCGAGACCACUUCAUCUUCCAAAAUCCAGAUGAUGUUGACACCGAGGUCAUCAGCCGAUCAAUCGGUAUUGACCGUGUUAUUGAUGAGUUCAUCUUCAAGUGCACACACGAUAAACAGUUGGAUUGGCUUCUACCCGGGGUGCCUCCUACCGGCCGCAAGUUGGAAAUCCCCUUCGUCGCUGUGGUAAAUAUUCGCGGUGACCGUCUCUAUCACGAGCACAUAUCGUGGGACCAGUGUACUGUGCUUUUCCAGUUGGGAAUCAUGCCGGAUUAUCUGCCAUUUCCGCACCCGGUUGCAGGGCUAACCUUGAAAGCUGCUAGCAAAGGUCUCGAAUAUAGGGUUCCUGCGACAGGAAUUGAGACGGCUCAAAAACUGCGAAACAAAGAUGCAUUGGGCUCUAACCAAAUGUUUGACUACAAGUUGCGCGAGGCCUAG